CACAAACCGCCCUCCCCAGUCCCCGUCACUGGCAACAGCUAUACAAACCCCCCACACCACGCGCCAACCCGCCCGCAGAGUCGCCCGACCAAGCGACGUGCCCAAACCGCCACCUUUCCCUACAGGACUGCGCAAGCACCAGACCCGCACCACACAGCCGUUCAGACAACUGCGGUAUAUGUAUUCGCGCCAAAGCACCUCUUUCCGAGUCGAACCUCCCCCCAAACUGCAAAAAUUUCGCUGUACGCGGAUACCCAGCAGUUCCAUCCACUGCACCAACGGCUAACCUAGUCCACCCUGACCCGGAGUCACACACGUCCAACACACAUACCCAGAGACUGCAUCUACUGCAUGUCUCUUUCGGCCCUCGUCAACAUUUUCGACCUGACCUUGCACGUCCGCCCGCUCCAGCUCCACCAAAAGUAAACCCUCCACCCAGUCACCUCACUCCCCAACCGUCACCAUGGCUACCAUCAACAUUCGUCGCGAUGUCGCCGACUCCUUCUACCGCUACAAGAUGGAGCGCAUCCAGUCCAAGAUUGAAGGCAAAGGCAACGGCAUCAAGACCGUCAUUGUCAACCUGAGCAGCGUCGCCAACUCACUUGCCCGCCCUCCCGCUCACGUCAUCAAGUACUUCGGCUUCGAGCUCGGAGCCCAGACCAACACCAACCCCAAUGACGACCGCUGGAUCAUCAACGGCGCCCACGAUGCUAGCAAGCUCCAGGACUACCUCGACGGCUUCAUCACCAAGUUUGUUCUUUGCAAGAAGUGCAAGAACCCCGAGACCGAUGUCCACAUCAAGGAUGGCAACAUCACGCUCGACUGCAAGGCUUGCGGAAAGAUCUCCGACGUCGACCCGCGCCUCAAGCUUACUGCUUUCAUCUUGAAGAGCGAGCCCAAGAAGGGCAAGAAGGACAAGUCCACCAAGAAGGCCGAUCGUCGUGCCCGCAAGGAAGCCGAGGCCAAGGGCGAGCCCACCUCCCCCGAUGGCGGCAGCCCCGGUGACAGCGCAGAGGAUGACGAUGCCAAUGGCGAUUACGAGAUCGAGGCUGGUAGUGACGACGAGCUCACCCGCCAGAUCCAGGAGGGCGCCAAGGAGAUUGAAGAAGAGGAGGCCAAGGAGGUCGAGUGGCACAUUGACACCUCUGAGGAAGCCAUGCGCGCCCGCGCCCAGCAGCUCCCUGACGACCUCAAGCGUGCUUUGGUGAUUGAGGCCGACGAAGAGGGAGGUUCUUCCUACGACGUCUUCGGCAAAUGGAUCCUUGACACUGCUGCGGAGAAGGGUGGCGUCGAUAAGCUUGACAAUGUCGAGAUCUUCCUGAAGGCCAAGGAGCUCGGUAUCGAGGACAAGCACCGCACGCUUACCGUCAUUCCCCAGACCCUCUUCUCCGAUAAGAUCGUCAAGCAGAUCGACACCCGUGCGCCCAUGCUCAAGAAGAUGAUCACCUCAGAGAAGCACGAGAAGGCCUUCCUCGGCGGUAUUGAGCGCUUUGUCGGAAACGACAAGCCCGAGCUGAUCGCUCAGGUCUCGCCUAUCCUAAUGAAGGUCUACGACAACGAUCUCUGCUCUGAGGAGGUCCUCAAGCCCUGGUGCGCCAAGGCCAGCAAGAAGUACGUCGACAUCAAGGUCAGCAAGAACGUGCGCAAGUCUGCCGAGAAGUUCAAGGACUGGCUCGAGACUGCUGAGAGUGACGAGGAGGAUGACUCCGAGUAAAGCCUGACACAGGGACUUCUCGGGAGAUGGAAGGUGUGAAGUUUGCGGAUCUGCCAACUGAUGCCAGUCCUUACAUGUCUUGCUUCUAGCAAUAUUCCUGCUAUUGCGUUUGAUCUUACGGCGCGCGGUUCACUCCCCUCUUGUCUUCACCGUACUGGGAUUGUGGGAAGCUUUCAACAUUGCUCUUCCUACUCUAGCUAGCCAAUAAAAGUGCUUCUCGCAUGCUCAA